AUGCCGAUCAACCGUUCUCCGCCGCCACAGUCGGCAGUACCCCAGAUAUCUACUGCGACAUUGCCUGUGCCAAACGUGCAGGCGCUUUACACACCGCUUAGUUUAUCCGAACCUAAUCUGAAUUUGGGCACUGACACUGCUGUUACUGUGAUUUCGCCAAAUAUUACAUUCAGAAACACUAAGCGUAAACUAUCUAGUGGCACCGACGUGAACACUUUAGCCGAUUUUAUGUCUGAAAUGAGAGAAAUGCUUCAGGAAUUUAAACUACAGCAGGACGAGAAAUAUGACAAGUUGUUUUCCGUUGUAAAUGGGAUACGCGAUUCCUUGGACUUCCUAACUACACAACACGAAGAUCUAAAACUUCAAGUAAAGGUGCUAGAAUCUGAGCGUGAAGGAAACUUGAAACAUAUAAAUGAUCUUGAAGGGAAGAUUGAGAACAUGGAGCAAAGCGCACGGUCUACCUGUAUUGAGAUAAGGAAUAUUCCCUGUUGUAAAUCUGAAACGAAACCCUCUCUACUGAAUACUGUUAUUGAAACUGGUAAAUUGCUGAACGUCGCAAUCCAACUGAGGGACGUCAAAGAUGUGUUUCGCAUAAAAACAAAGGACCCAGCUGUCAAGCCAAUAAUAGUCGAUUUUACCUCGGUACUUCUUAAGGAUGAUUUUCUGCGUAAAUUUCGUAACCACAUUAAAAACAGUUACAAGAUAACUACGGAACAUCUUAAAAUAAGUGGUCCUGCAAAACGUAUUUACAUAUCGGAAAAUUUGUCAGCCAAGAAUAAAAGACUCUUCUUUCUGGCAAGAGAUGCAGCAAAAACCAACCAGUUUGAAUUCUGUUGGGUCUCACACGGGAGGAUCUAUGUUCGAGAAAGGCCUGGCAGUCCUCACCUUCAGGUGAAGAAUGAGUCAGAUUUAGCAAGUAUUGUGAAAGCUGCGUGA